AUGGCCGAUCUCUCAGCAUUCGAAGUUAGAACUCUGGGCAGACAGUUUGCUAUUGUCCCAACUAAGCUCCGAGCGACUCAAGGACAUUUCGGCAGGCCUGUGCCCAAGACUGUGGGAGCCGCGCCUCCGGACAUAGCUGACAUCCAGGAGCUUAGACAUGGCAUGUCGGGCAUGUCGGGCAUGUCGGGCAUGUCCUUAUGUCUAUUUCAAAACAGAGAUCCGCGCCUUCCCCUCAGACGCCUUAGAGACUUCUUCCCAGACCACCGCCGGAGCCUGGAGGAAGCCGUUCAGUUUCAGGCUGAAGGUGUCGAAACUGCUGCAGGCCGCAUGGAGUCCUGGAACGCCUCCACCAUUGGAGAGGGCGACCCCAAUCCUUGCUCGAGGUGCACGCAUGGAACCUCAGUGCCUCAGAAGCCCGAUGCAGAGGUGUGGUUUCGAGUUUGCAUCGAUGCACUGCACACUGGCCAUGUAAGUGAUCCCAGAAAAAACAGCUGGAAGCAGAUUCAAACCCUGGCAGAUCUCUCAGUGCCAGCUCGCUCUUUGGUCGGCAUGGUGGGGAGUGAACUCGAUGGCAGCUGCCCUAGCCAAGGAACUGGCAAAAAGAUGCAAAAAGCAAGAGCCACACAGAGAAUGAGGGACAGGUCUUUGGCCCGCGUGGCCUCUGGGGAUGUGCAGCUUUGCUGUCUGCAGAGCUACCCGGCUGACGUUCCUCUUGUCAUUGAAAGCAUCGCUUCGCGCUUUGAUGAUGGCUUUGUGAAGAAGGGCCCGUCGUUUCGAAAUGUCUUGGCUGCCAUAGGCAUGAAAACUGGUGGAGAUUGUCGUUAUUUCGAGCUUGUUCAACUGACCUGUGGAGACCUGAAACGGAAGUGCUUCGCUUGCGUGGGAAAACAUUCUUUAUAUUUCAUGCGGCAAGAUCUCAACGGCCCGCUGCACGAUGAUGCAGAUCUGUACUACAGCCUGAUUGGCCGAAUCAUUCAGGAUGAAAACUCAGAUCAGCACUGCUUGCUCAAUCUCACAGAGGAACUUCCGAGCUGGGAAUCAGAUCGGCUGUUCAUAAAGGCUGAGAACAGAAAUCUUUUCUUGCAACACUUGCGCUGCAGCUGGCAGACCGAUCAUAUGUGGCGGCUUGGUCGAGUUGUGGUCUUCCCCUUGAGCAGCUAUCCCAUCACCAAAGAGCGAGGUUUCGAUAACUACGUUUUACCAUAUCAGGGGUACCAUUGGACAAAGUUCCAAGGCUACCGUUUUAUGGUGCCGGAUCGCUUUUCGGAUCAGGCCAACUCAAUUCAGGAUUCAGAGACUGGGGAAUAUGUUGAUGACAAAGGUGUAAGUCUGAUUGUCCAUGUGCAUGAAGCCUUUAGCCUGGAACAGCUGACAAAGAUCUACAGGGACAACAUACGCUGGGUAGCUGCAGACUAUAAGAUACAGCUUUGCUCUGAGGAAGGGCAGUUUUAUGUGAUAAAGAACUGCAUGCGAGACAAACGAAUGAACCUGUCAGCAGACAUAGCUCAGUGGCAUCAGUGGGAACUGGUCAUCCGAACCAAAGAGGCAACCAUUUUGUGCUUGGUGAUGCGGCGGCAGUACAUCCCCCCCACAUGUAGCACCGCACAAGACAUCGCCGUGCUCUUACGAUGCCCUGAGCAAGAGUGGAGUCACAGUGACACUCGUCUUCUCUUGGAAGCCUACCUGAUUGCAGAUUCCCUUUGUACUGACUCUCCAAAUGUGUCUGUCUACCGGGACGUGGUCCAGGCAAAGUUGGAUGCACUCAGAUUUGAUGAAGAUGGCAUUGAGUGGGCUGCGACUCAUCUCAAGCUCAAAACAUGUUGGGAAGUUGAGGCCGUGCGGUUUGUGAAAAGCAUCUGGAAGCUCUUCUGCGAAGACAAAGUGGAGGGCUAUGAUGCCAGCGUCCUGGAUUUGUCUCCUCAAGAAAUAUUUGUUGAUGCAGAUGAGGAUGCCGAAUGGGCACGCUUGGAUUGCAUUGACAACUUCCAGACGUUCUUCCAGGAGAUGCUCAGCCGUGGAGAAGGCCUUCCAUUGAGUGGUACGCAGGCCGAUGCAUUGGAUGAGGAUGCCAAGCUGCGAAUCCAACACCACUGGCAUACUCGAGUGGCUCGUUACUUUUCCUGGGCUGUAGAUGGUGGACUUCUGGGAGCCAGAUUUAAUUUGGAAAUGAUGAUCGAAGGACUGCCAGCACUCACUGAAGAGAGCUACAAGAAAGCAUAUGCCGCCUUUCAGUUCCUUUUGCAUUUGCGACCACGAGAUAUGACAAAGCCCUUUCUUGAGGUGAGUCUUGCAAUGCAAAUGAAGGACAAAAACUUGAGCCAAUGGAUGUUUAAUGACCGAGUAAUGUUGGCAAUUCUCAGCACUGACUUCCUGAAGAAGCAGAUUGGCAAAGGACGAGAUGCUGACUUCUUUCGGUGCCUUGCCAACCUUUUGGAGGCUGACUGUGGCGUGACUCUGAAAGCUUACAUUUGCAGGAUCUUUAUGGAGAUGAGGGCGCAUCCAGAGACAAAGUCCAACGGAGACACUUCGGCUGAUCUGAUUGUCGUUCCUGCCAUGCUGUCCCUUUUGAAAUCCGGAGGAGUUUUCCUUGCAAUCUAUGCAUCAGCUGCAUUGGUGAACCUGAGCAGCGGGAAUCAGGCUGUUAAGAUGGUCCUAAUGGCAGAAGGCAUGGCAAAGACAGCUGUGCGAAAUAUGCAGGGAAAGGAUGAUGACCUGAGCUACUACACCCUUAUGCUGCUGGUGAACCUCACAAAGGAACCGCACAAUCGCAGUGUUAUUGCCAGCGCAGGUUUAAUCCCAUUGCUCUAUGACAUUCUGACAUCUUCAUACUCCCAAGUACGACCAGCGAAAAAACGUCAAGGCUCACAGGGCGCUGCGUUGGGCAGCAUUGCCAAGGAAAGGCUCCUGACACAGACCUGUAUCGUGAUUGGGCAAUUCUGCAAUGAUGACCGCUUUCGAGAGCAGUUCAUUGACAUGUACCCGCAUACAGUGAAGUGCCUCCUGUACAUUUUUUCACUGGUUCAGUUUGGCUCAGCUUUGUCAAGCAAGUGCAUGUUCGCACUAAAGCAGCUGUGUGCCAGCCGGAACGAUCAGAAACAUCACAUUGGUUCGCAUGCAAUUCCGCACCUACUUGAAGGUUUGGCCGACAAAGAUAUCGAAAAGCCCACAGAGUGUAUCUACCAAUCACUGUUGCUCCUCAAUAUGCUCUCAGGGCUCUUUGCCAAUUGCGAGCUUAUGUACAGCGAAGGUCUGAUCACAAUCUUGGAGGAGCUGGGGGAACUUCCAGCGGCCAGACGAAGUGAUGGCUUCUACUCACGCGUGGGGCAACUCAUGCAAAGCAUGAGUGAGAUAGCAGCAGCGACCGAAAAAUAG